AUGAACGCUCGACCAGAGCCUCCAUAUGAGGUCUCUGCGGAACCAGAGGUGGAAUCACCCAGCCUGGAUCCCAUAGACCCACCAGCACCCCCAACUCGAGUCGAUUCGGCUGCCUCUUACGAGAGCCUCGAUCGACAUCGCCGACGAAAUCCCAGAACAAGGCGUCCAGUGAAGGAAACGCUGGACGCCCGCUCGUUAUAUACAACCAGCCAAGAUGACGGCGCAGCGGAGCACCACAUCAAUCAAUACUUGAUCAAGCAAGAGAUCGGACGCGGAUCAUUUGGCGCGGUCCACUUAGCGGCGGAUCGAUAUGGGAAUGAAUAUGCAGUGAAAGAGUUUUCCAAAUCCCGACUGAGAAAACGCGCACAAUCGCAUAUGCUGCGAAGACCUCGAGGACCCCGACGACAUGGGACUGGCUCGAAUUUACCGAAUUCGCCAAUGCAUAGACAUCCCUCCGAAGAUGACAACGAGAAUGCGAAGAAUCCGCUUUACCUGAUCAAGGAGGAGAUUGCGAUCAUGAAGAAAUUGAACCACAAUAACCUGGUAUCGCUGAUCGAGGUCCUGGACGAUCCCACCGAAGACUCGCUGUAUAUGGUUAUGGAAAUGUGCAAGAAGGGUGUCGUGAUGAAAGUUGGACUGGAGGAACAGGCCGAUCCGUAUGAUGACGAGCAAUGUCGUUGUUGGUUUCGUGACUUGAUUCUAGGAAUUGAGUAUUUGCAUGCGCAAGGUAUUGUGCACCGCGAUAUCAAGCCGGACAAUUGUCUCGUAACAAGCGAUGAUGUGUUGAAAGUGGUUGAUUUUGGUGUAUCAGAAAUGUUUGCCAAGGAUUCAGACAUGUUCACAGCUAAGUCGGCUGGCUCACCUGCAUUCUUACCGCCAGAGUUGUGUGUGGUGAAGCAUGGCGAUGUUUCUGGGAAGGCAACCGAUAUCUGGUCUAUGGGUGUGACUUUAUACUGUCUCAGGUACGGGAGGCUGCCGUUUGAGAAGUCCAGUAUUUUUGAGUUAUAUGAGAGCAUCCGAAACGACCCAGUGGUAUGCGAAAAUGAGCUGGACGAGCGUUUCGAAGAUUUAAUGAGUCGUCUCCUGGAGAAAGACCCAUCAAAACGGAUUGGGAUGCAAGAGCUGCGAGAGCAUCCGUGGGUGACAAUGGAUGGUGCUGAUCCUCUUCUGUCUGAAGAGGAGAACACGGCCCACAAUGUCGAGCCACCAACAGAGGAGGAAAUGAAUGCUGCCAUUACGAAAAGCAUCAGUCACGUCAUGACACUGAUGAAAGCUGUAAGAAACUUCAAACAACUAGUUGAUCCGAACAGAGCACCCCCAGCUAUGCAAAGUAUUCUGGGUGGAGAUAUUGAGGCGCACUUUGUCGAGCCACCAAUGGAGAUGGAUCCGGAUGAAGAUUUCCCAAAGGUUGGAUUGGCCGAGGAUGCAUCUUCAAGCCAUGCACAAGGGAGUGGUCUCCGAAAAAUCUUGGGCCGACAUCCCAUGCUAUCUGGCUCACAAGAUCCUCGAGAUAGCCCACGGAGAAGUGAAUCUGCAAGCUCGCGAACAAAUCAGAGUCCUGUCGGUAGCAAGCGACCCAGUGGGGUCUUUGAGCCCGAAAGAAAAGAUUCAGGGUCCAUUCGCAGUGGUCGAUCUCCCUGGAAGGCUGAAUUUGGACCAGAAGCCAGACAACACUCUCAGUCGGGGUCCCCACUCCCUCACUCCAGAGCUAGCUCAGCGAUGACCAAACGUAGCGUCGAGGGAACUCGGGGCCAUGCAAGGGAUCCCUUGGCAGAUGAAUUCCCAUACCUUCAUAUUGGACCAUCUACAUACACUGGCUCGUCCCAGGACUCGGAGCCCACAGAUCUCAACAUCGGCAGUGACCCGGCACCUCUUGUUGGCGAGCCAGAAAGCAUGGAUGAGGAUGUGGACCAAGAGUCGGCGGUUAAUCCGGUGCAUAUAGUCAGCGAAUCGCCCGGUGCAGCUGAGUUCGAUAUCUAUGAGACGGCCUAUCGAAAUGAGCUUGAACGUAUCAACUCUGUCAGCACCGGUCGCACAUACCCUGGUGUGGGUCCGAAGGUCUUCCUGAACAGGCGUAUUGAGAACAAGAAUGAGGUGAUGGAUUUCGUCAAAGACAAGGCUAUUGAUUUGCAGAUUGGUACCAAGAAGAUUUUAUCCCCUGCAUCGAAGAGUCCAGCCACGGCGUUUAGCGCGGCCGUGAGCAUUCUUCGAAACCAGAUCGAGCAGAAGAAGGAGUCUGAAUUAAAGGAACAGGCGCAGCAGUCACAAAAAGCAGAGUCCUCAGUCAAAGCAUCAACAGAGACUCAGCCGACUGAGCGACGGGCAUUUAAUCCAGCUUCCUCAACCAUCCGAUCUCAGUCUAUUCCAGGGCCUGAACCAUCUUCUCUCGAAGCAACAGCCGUGCCCACCACAGAACCUCAUUCUGGUGAAGACCCCGCGGCUCAACUCCGACGACUACUCACUCGUGCUCAGGAGAAACUUGCCAAAUGA